AUGGCCCGGGUUGCGUCCAGCUGUGCCACCCUCGUGGCGCAAAGGAGGGGAUAUUCCUCCGCGAUAACCGCCAUCGGAGUGUCCGCGAAGAAGGUUGAGGAGAAGGCGGUGAAGCUGGGCACGGUGGCGACGGAGGACACCACGGAGGACAAGACGGCGUUCUGGAAGCCGGACCCCAAGACAGGCGACUACCGGCCCGUGACCGGCACCAAAGAAGUGGAUCCGGCCGACCUGCGCGCCGAGAUGCUCAACCAGAGGUUGCUGCAGCAGCAGUGA